AUGUUGACACCAGCACGCUGCGUGUCUUUGCUGCUAGUCGUGGCCGAUGCAGCUCAGGCGGCGAGCCAGCUGUGGCAGCCGAGAAUCACCAGAUAUGACCAUCUCGCAGACAUUGGAUCGAACCAUACGCUCAUGCGCAGAACUAUCGACGAGCUAACUGACCCGUCGCCAAUUGAUGCUCGCUCCAUUGAUAAGCGCUACCUCAUUCGAACGCUUGAUCUCAUGCAGCCGUGGCCCAACCACGAGGUCAGGUACUGCUUCGCGACCCCCGAGGAUAAGCAGGCACUCUUCUACAAUCUUAAAGAUGCCAUUGACCGUUGGUGGUGGGUCGGACUCGACCAGUCCGUCUACAAGUGGACAGAGGUCGAUGAUAACGAAUGCCAGUCGCACCGGUCGACGCUUCUCUUGGUCAAACGCGGCCGCGACGGCGCCGGACACACCACCACGACCGGCUACAUUCCCGCCGACUCUUCCACGGGCAGCGAAGGGCCGGUCAUGAUAUUGGACGACACCGACUGGGGCGGUUAUGAUAACAAGAUCGGCACGUUUGCGCACGAAAUCGGCCACGCCUGGGGUCUCUUUCAUGAACACCAAAACCCCAACUUUUGGCGCAUCGAGGACGGCUUCGUAGACGCCAAUUUUGGUACCGUCUUCGGCAAUGACAACUUUCACUGCGAGAACCUGGUUGGAUACGACACUGCUCUGGCUGCCGCUCAAGCUGAUCUCGGACCAGAGGGCGGCAAAGACAUUUGCAAAAGCGUCGCCACCGCGGGUCAGUACCACUUUGCCGCGGACGCAUUCUUGCCUUGGACGCCUAGCAUUGUGUUUGCACCUCCUGGACACAACUUUGCCGAUGUCGAUUGGACUUCCAUCAUGAUUUACCCCAGUCACACUUCCUCCAGCAACGGCCUGCCCGUCAUUACUGCACCCGGCGGUGCCAUUAUUGUUCAGAAUCACUAUCCAACCCCGCAGGAUGUUACUGGUAUUAAUCUGGUUUACACCACGCCGAUGCAGAAUCUGGGACCUUUUCUCAACCAGGCCGGCAACUCUCAGUUCAACUCGUUCCAGUCGCUUUACAAGCAGAGCAGGGGAGAGAAGGGCUGUUAG